GAAAAGGGAUACAUCUUCACGAGGCGCAACCAGCUAUAUCUACUUUCCUUUCUCUUUUCUACUUCUUAUAAAUAACAACACACACCACUCAUGGCCACACACGAUGUCCAUCGCGCCAUGGAGGAAUCCAUCUUUAGUUCUUUUCAACACUCACUCCAGAACCCGACUCCGCUCGGCCAACAGAGCUUUAGGUCCAUGUCAGCUUCAGAUCUCAUCUCAAUCCCACCCUCGACAUCCCUCGGGCAUCGGCACCAACCAAGAGGACGUCCGACGUCAACUGCAUCGGACAGUCUUCACCAGCACCUGAUGCACUCCAACUCGCCCGAAGCCGAGGCUAUUGAUCGAUUGUUUGAGAAUCUGCAACGUUACGAAAAGAUGUUGGAAGAUGUGGCCGUAGCCAGCCUAGAUCAAGAAUUCAAGGACGAGCUCCAGCACAUCAAUCAAUGGCUACGUUGUCGAUCCGAUGCUGAGCGGACAGCCGCCCUGUACAGCGUUGUCCAGAAUGCGUCCCAGAUCCAGAUUCGAUUCCUCAUCACCGUGCUCCAGCAACUGGCGCAGGACCCCUUGAACACUCCUGCUGGACAGGACAAAGGGCUGGCCAUCAAUGUGGCUAGCUCAGUGGUGUCCACCGAGAGUGAAUACGAAAUGCGCCGGCGCCAAUUAUACCCCCCCUCACGUCGCCCCUCACGCCCCUCUCUCUGCCAUCGACUGUCCUCUGCGCUCAGCGAACCAGACGACCUGCGCCGUCGCCACGACUUUUUCCCCCGGACCCUUGGUCGCCCACAGGAACUUCUCUAUGAAAAGGCCAUUGCAGCCCGGACCCAGAUUCAAGCCCACACAUCCCUCUCCUGCGCCUUUCCCAGACACCAGCCAUCGCUUUCAACCUCAACAUCUGCAUCGGUUUCUACGUCGAUCUCCACACCUGAAUCAAAGUCACUUUUUGCAGACUGGCCUUUCCCGCUGGCUCGUAAAGAAAGCUCUAAUGUACCUACACCUAUCGGCCAUCCUGUGGAUGAUCCAUGGUCGUUCAAGAAAAAGAAAGACCUCGAUUUGCCUUGGGCACGCACCAUUAAAGAAGACCAAGCCGAAGAAGACCUCCACAAGCCCGCCGCCACAAUCGUAAUCGAGUCCAACGAAAGGCUUCGGAGUGUCAGCUCGUCCGGAUCGCUUCUUGUACCGCCGCCAAGCUUAUAUGAACAGAAUGAUGACCUGAGUGAAAGUGAUGCGUCCUUAACCAGCAAAGACCAGUCGCUGACCGGCACAGCUCGUCGUCGCAAGCGAUCCUCGGCUGCCCGUGCUCUCAAAGACAAAUUGGCUGCCGAAGCAGUUGAUUUUGAGCUAAUGAAAGAUGUACAGAAUUGGUUGAGGAGUCUGCGAUUACACAAAUACGGACAUGCCUUUGUUGGCCUUGAGUGGCAACAAGUUAUACGUAUGACAGACGCUGACAUGUUGCGGGAAGGAGUGAAUACUAUCGGCGCCAGACGAAAGCUGCUCAAGGUGUUUGAAAAUGUUCAACGCCACUGUGAUGAGAACUCUAUUGCAUAUUAAAAGGCAUCUUUUCUUAUUUUACAUUCCUUUGGCCCUAUUCUUGGGCACAAAUACACUCUCUAUUGCUUUUACAGUAUCCAAUAAAACACCGUCCCUUCAUCCUCC